AUGGCUGGUGUCAUGAACAUGUUUUCAUUCAUGACCCUGGACUUGGACGUGCUGUCCUUCUCAUGCGUGGCUCCUGCGUCGCCGGUCGGGAAGUAUGCUCUGACCACACUGGCAACGCCGCUGCUUGCUGUGGUGGCCGGAUUCAUUCAUUUAUCGGCUCUUGCUGCGAAAAAGCGUCUGCCGCACGACUUUGCCGCCAGUCUUGACUCGAGCCAACUGCUUCGCACCAUUGGCUCGCUGUUCCUGCUAUUGUUUAUCAGUGUCUUUGCGUCCAUAUUGGCUCCUUUUCAGUGCAACCUUCAUCCCAACGGACGCCUGACAUUGCAGGAGUAUGACUCCGUUUUCUGCAGUGGCAAGGACGAACAUCUACAGAUGAGCAUCAUCGGCGGACUGGCAGCCUUGAUGCCGCUGUUCUUCGUCGCCCUUUGCAUUCGGGCUACAUGGGUCGAGCUCCCAAAGCGCUUGUUGCGUGCUGAUGCCAAAUUCGUUCGGUCCUGCUCGUUUCUUUGGCGACGUUUUCGCCCCGGUGCAGAGACGUUUGCUGUGCUCGGCCUCACUCGAAAUGUUCUUAUGGUGCUGUGCCCGCUGAUCCCUGCUGCAGCCGUGCAGCUUGUCGUCAUGAACAUCAUUCUCUAUCUGAGCCUGGUGACAAUUGCAGUGGCUCAGCCGUGGCGGCUUCCGAUGAGCAAUGUUUUGGACAUUUGGCUCCACAUCGGCCUGCUCGUAGUGCUGGACAUGGCAUCGGUCUUUGCAGCACAGGAUGUUGAUGUGUUUGUCUCCACCUUCAUCUCUAUGAUGUUCUUGAUCUUCAUGAUUGCGGGCGUCCUGGGUGCCAUUCUGUGGGGGAUCGUGAUGCAGGUUGCCCGGUGGAGAAGGAAGCCCUGGCGGUUCUUCCUGUCCCACCACAAGAGCUCAACAGGAGCCGCCGCCAGACUCUUGAAGAUCCACCUUCAAAAGCGAAGCCCAUUUUUCACUACUUUCCUGGACACCGACAACCUGCGUGACCUCACGGAGCUUUUUCACUUCGUAAAGGAUUCAGAGACAGUCCUAGUUUUGGCAAGUCCUGCGAUCCUGGCACGGAAGUGGUGUGUAGGAGAAAUUGUCACGGCCAAGCAGCACGAUAUCCACACGGUUCUGUUGAAGUGGCCCACAUUCCAGUACCCCACGGAGACGUUUCGCAAGAACCUGACGUUUGCAAUUCCUGGAGUGGAGGCACUUGCAGCGCACGGCAUAUCUCUAGAUGACGUGUCGCUGGCCAUGAAGUGGCUGGGAUCAUUAAAUGUGGUCCCUUUCCCAGAUCUCCUAGAUGCUGAUUCUUUGAUUCGCAUUUGCGACAAUGUGACUGGCACGGUGUCGUCGGUAAAGGACAGGAGGAACUCGAGCAAAGAAUCGCCGAUUGCAGCAAACUGCCUGCUUCUGGCAGAUCCUGCAAACCAGGAAGCAGUUGCUACGUGCUACAUACUGGAUGAGAUGCUGGUAUCUCUUCUCAAGGGCGAGCUCCUGCCACUGAUGCUCCGGCAUGGCGAGCCCAUACCAGAGCAAGUAGAUGCACACUGGAAGGUCCUGCUGAUUUGUACCUCGGGCUGCUUAAAAUCAAGCGAUCUGGCUGCUUGGCUUGUUGAUCUGUAUGAGCCGUCACCAGUCAUCCUGCCGAUCAUUGCCGAUCCGCACUUCCUGGUACCAACGGAACCGUACACGGAUGCUUGCGACGCAGAGGCAUACAUCAACGACUACGAGCGCGAGGUAUACGUCAAAAUGAUCGGCAUUGUGUUCCAAGAGAUCGCCACAGUAUUUGCCCCGCAAUCACACUCCAGCACGCAGGAGGACCUGGAGUUGAGGGUCAAGCAGAUCGCAUUCCGUGUGCAAGCGAAAGGCUGCAGCAGAGUGAAUUACAAUGGUUACUGGUUAUUCGGCUCUGCGUUCGAAGCGACAGCGAAAUCCAAUGUCCUGACACCCGGGGAGUGGCAGUUGCAGUUUGUGUUUCAUGUCGUCAGUUGA